CAAAAUUAGGGCAUCUCCGCACUGCCCAUCCACCAAACCGCCGUCCCGUCCGUCGGAAAUACUACUACCACAAGACGGUCGGCCGGUGUGAUGAUGGAGCCAAGACGAGAAAAAGGCCUUACCGAUCGGCAAACGUCUUGAAUAGGAUGCGAGCUCCCUUUGCUGUGGUGAGCAGAGAGAUAGCGUGGCCAUGGGCUUGAGGGUAUAUUACGCUGGUCCCUGACUAUCUUCUUGCUCUCGUCUUGCUGCAGUGUAAAGCUUUUAGGCUUCCUUAGUUACUAAUCAUGGCCACGUCUAUCGAAAAGGACCUGGAGAUCAACCAUGUCUCUCCACCACCAUCCACAGCUGGCUCGUCAGACCUUGACGAUGAAUACGACACAUUCAGGAAGGCCCAAGGCGUUGAAAUAGACCCCGCUGAAGCGAAAAAAGUGCUCCGGAAAAUAGACUUGCGCAUUGUCCCUGUUCUUUUCAUCACUUACCUUUUGCAAUACCUCGAUAAGAACGGAAUCAACUAUGCCAGUGUGUAUGGCUUGCAGAAAGGGACACACUUAACAGGCAAUGACUACUCAUGGCUCGGUUCUAUAUUCUAUUUCGGGUAUCUCUUCGCUCAGUACCCUGCAGGAUACGCCAUGCAACGUCUGCCCAUCGCCAAGUUUCUUGGAUUUGCAACACUGGGAUGGGGUAUCAUCCUCAUAACGACUCCCGCCUGCGUAAACUUUGCAGGAAUUGCCGCGAACCGCUUUCUUCUUGGCGCCGUGGAGGCUACGGUCAAUCCGGGAUUCGUUCUAAUCAUGAGCAUGUGGUAUACGUCUGCUGAGCAGCCUCUGAGACUCGAAAUCUACUACUGCACCAAUGGUAUUGCGACCAUGUUUGGAGGACUCAUCGGAUACGCUGUAGGUCAUAUCAGGACGGGAGUUGCUCGUUGGAUGUAUGUGUUCAUCAUCUUUGGCGCGCUCAGCAUCGCGUGGGGCAUCGUGUCGCUGCUCGUUCUACCUGACUUGCCAUCCACCGCCAAAUUUCUGACCGAACAUGAGAGGGUAAUCGCCGUCGAUCGCGUGGCUGCCAAUAGGCAGGGCGUGAAGAACCGCCACUUCAAGAAGUACCAAGCCUGGCAGACUGUGAAGGAUCCAAAGACGUGGAUCCUUUUCGUUAUGGCAACCGGCGCGCAGAUUCCAAACUCGGCCUUGACAAGCUUUGGUUCUAUAGUAGUAGGUUCAUUCGGAUUCGACACUCUUGGAACCCAAUACAUGCAAAUCCCAGGAGGCGCUGUGCAGUUCCUUUCCCUCCUCGCUGGAGGCAUAAUCUGCACCAAAUAUCCCAAAAACAGCCGCUGCAUUACCAUGAUCUUCGCAAACACAAUGUGUAUCCUCGGCGCUGGACUUCUGGUCGGCCUACCUAACCACAACAAAUGGGGGAGGCUUGUUGCGCUGUGGCUCUGUUACUUCCAGGGUCUGGGCUUCAGUAUGAGCUUGACGAUGGUGUCGUCAAAUGUCGCAGGAUACACGAAGAAACAGCUGACCGGCGCUGCGCUGUUCACAGGCUACUGCGUGGGCAACAUCAUCGGGCCACAGACGUUCAAGAGCAGCGAGAAGCCAGGGUACCAUUCGGCAUACAUUGCUAUGCUAGUUGGGUACUGUAUCAAGCUUGCGAUGGUAGUCGUGCUGUACAUCUACAUGUAUUCGGUCAAUAAGAAGCGGGAUAGAGAGGGUGCGCAUGGGAUUGCGUUGACAGAAGAGCAGGAGAAGGAGGCGAUUGAGCUUGGGAUGCAUGAUGUUACGGAAAUUGAUAAUAAGGGCUUUAGGUAUAUCUUGUAGACUGAUAAGACUAAUAAAUCAUACCGAUUAUCACUU